UUGAGACCAAAGGACUUUUACCCCACUCCCCGACCUACCGUCAAACACGACGCGGUUCUUGCCGUUAGCCUCCCGAGGAAACCGACGAGUACCACCUCCAGUCCACCGCCGUUUCCACUUCCAGCUCGCCUCGCGAAGCUCCACCCCGGGCUAGGGUUCGAUCUCCAGGCCAUCUCCGGCGGGCGCAAUGGAGGGCGGCGGCGGGGGCGUGGCACCGGCUGCGGCGGCGGCGGAGGCGAAAAACCCGAGGUGCUUCAUGGACGUCACAAUCGGAGGCGAGAUGGAGGGGAGGAUCGUGAUAGAGCUCUACGCCUCUGUGGUGCCGCGGACGGCAGAGAACUUCCGCGCGCUCUGCACCGGGGAGAAGGGCGUCGGCGCCUCGUCCGGCAAGCCGCUCCACUAUAAGGGAUCAUACUUUCAUCGUGUUAUCAAAGGUUUUAUGGUACAAGGUGGAGAUUUUACUGCUGGUGAUGGAACAGGAGGGGAGUCAAUUUAUGGUCUGAAGUUUGAGGAUGAGAAUUUUGUUUUAAAGCAUGAGAGGAAAGGAAUAUUAUCUAUGGCUAAUUCGGGUCCGAACACAAAUGGAUCUCAAUUUUUCAUCACUACCACCCGAACACCUCAUUUAGAUGGGAAACAUGUAGUCUUUGGGAGAGUAAUAAAGGGAAUGGGGGUGGUUCGCUCAUGUGAGCACAUUCCUGUUGGAGAUGCUGACCGUCCUACUGCCGAUGCUGAAAUUGCUGAUUGCGGGGAACUUCCUGAAGGUGCUGAUGAUGGAGUUGUAAACUUUUUCAAGGAUGGUGACAUGUAUCCUGACUGGCCAAAUGACCUCGAUGAGAAGCCUUUAGAGGUUUCAUGGUGGAUUAAUGCUGUGGAGGCUGCUAAGACUUUUGGGAAUGAUAACUUUAAGAAACAGGAUUACAAGACAGCCCUGAGAAAGUACAGGAAAGCUCUGCGCUACUUGGAUGUUUGCUGGGAGAAAGAAGAGAUAGACGAAGAGAAGAGUUCAGCACUGCGGAAGACCAAAUCUAUAAUACUCACAAAUAGCUCUGCAUGCAAAAUGAAGUUGGGAGAUUUGAAGGGUGCUUUGUUGGAUGCGGAUUUUGCACUCCGUGAAACAGAGGGAAAUGCUAAGGCCUUUUUUCGACAAGGACAGGCACACAUAGCACUUAAUGACAUCGAUGCAGCAGUGGAGAGCUUCCAGCAUGCGUUGGAGUUGGAGCCGAAUGAUGGAGGAAUUAAACGAGAGCUGGCUGCUGCAAAGAAGAAGAUUGCCAACAGAAGAGAUAAGGAGCGGAAGGCAUUUUCUAGGAUGUUCCAACCCUCUGGAAAAUCAGACGAGAACAACAACGAAAACAAUUGAUCUGUAGUUUCUUCCCCCGGCGGAACCUUUUUGGUAGCGUAACCUGGGAUACAUACUGGAACUGUCCGCAGAAAAGGUAUAACAAGGGAGACUGUCUAGCAAAGAGGCAGACCACCAAUCAAAAUACAUGAAAAAAUAGUGGGGGGAAGGAGAGCUUUUGUUUUUGUUUUAUUACAGAGGUAGCCGUGGGUCUCCAUGCUGUCGGAGGGAGAAAACCUGAGACAUUGAACUGAGCACUGCAAUUUUUCAGACGUCGCAGGAAGGGCAUGCAUGCCAAAUAGACAUGUCCUCUUGUUUUAGACUCAUUGUGGUCAAGCCUGACAAUUGGUACCUUUUGUGCAUCGUUUGCUUGCUUCGCUUUUGUGUCAGCUGUCCAAGUCC